AGGGGAGCGCGCGUGCGCGCGCCCGUCCGUUCGCCCGUCGCCGCGGUGACCGUCCUCGCGGCCUGUCGGCUCGCGCCCCGCCUCCGUUCCCGCCGCCCCCUCCCCUGUCGCGCGCCGUGGGGGGUGCAGCUCGCUCCUCCCGAUUCCCGCCGCGUUCGCCGCUGCUCCUCCUCUCCCGGGCGUCGCGGCCGCUGCCUCUGCGGGCUGUAUGAGGAGGAGUAGGAGGAGGAGGAGGAGGAAGAGGAGGAUGUGAAGAUGGCGGAGCUGCAGAUGCUGCUGGAAGAGGAAAUCCCGGGGGGCCGCCGGGCUCUCUUCGACAGCUACACGAAUCUGGAGCGGGUGGCCGACUACUGCGAGAACAACUACAUCCAGUCACCAGAUAAGCAGCGAGCUCUAGAAGAAACCAAAGCGUACACCACUCAAUCCUUAGCAAGUGUUGCAUAUCUGAUAAACACCUUGGCCAACAAUGUCCUACAGAUGCUGGAUAUUCAGGCAUCGCAGUUACGGAGAAUGGAAUCUUCAAUCAACCAUAUUUCACAAACAGUUGAUAUUCAUAAAGAGAAAGUGGCAAGAAGAGAAAUUGGUAUUUUGACUACCAAUAAAAACACUUCAAGGACCCAUAAGAUUAUUGCACCAGCCAACCUUGAGCGGCCAGUCCGUUAUAUUCGAAAACCUAUUGACUACACAAUUUUAGAUGACAUUGGACAUGGCGUAAAGUGGUUGCUUAGAUUUAAGGUGAGUACCCAGAAUAUGAAGAUGGGUGGACUGCCACGUACAACACCUCCAACUCAGAAGCCCCCAAGUCCCCCUAUGUCAGGGAAGGGGACACUUGGGCGGCACUCCCCCUAUCGAACACUGGAGCCAGUGCGUCCUCCAGUGGUACCAAAUGAUUACGUACCUAGCCCAACCCGUAAUAUGGCUCCCUCGCAGCAGAGCCCUGUGAGGACAGCUUCUGUGAAUCAAAGAAAUCGAACUUACAGCAGCAGUGGGAGCAGUGGAGGAAGCCACCCAAGUAGUCGGAGCAGCAGUCGGGAGAACAGCGGAAGCGGGAGUGUGGGGGUUCCCAUCGCUGUUCCUACUCCGUCUCCUCCUAGCGUCUUUCCAGCCCCUGCUGGCUCUGCUGGCACUCCUCCCCUUCCUGCUACUUCUGCAUCUGUCCCCACCCCUCUUGUUCCUGCUACUGUUCCCUCCUCCACUGCCCCAGACGCUGCUGCUGGGGGUGCACAGACCCUUGCUGAUGGCUUCACUUCUCCAACUCCCCCUGUUAUUUCUUCUAACCCCCCCACAGGUCAUCCUGUUCAGUUCUACAGCAUGAAUAGGCCUGCCUCUCGCCAUACGCCACCCACAAUAGGGGGCUCAUUGCCCUAUAGACGCCCUCCUUCCAUAACUUCACAAACAAGCCUUCAGAAUCAGAUGAAUGGAGGUCCUUUUUAUAACCAGAAUCCAGUAUCUCUUGCUCCUCCUCCUCCCAUCCUACAGGUGACUCCUCAGUUACCUUUAAUGGGAUUUGUGGCCAGAGUCCAAGAAAAUAUUUCAGAUACACCACCUCCACCACCUCCUGUGGAUGAGCCAGUGUUCGAUGAGUCCCCACCUCCACCACCUCCUCCAGAGGACUACGAAGAGGAGGAAGCAGCUGUGGUUGAGUACAGCGAUCCUUACGCCGAAGAGGACCCACCAUGGGCACCAAGGUCUUACUUGGAAAAGGUCGUGGCAAUCUAUGAUUAUACGAAAGACAAGGAGGAUGAGCUGUCCUUUCAGGAAGGAGCCAUUAUCUAUGUCAUCAAGAAGAACGAUGAUGGGGAGUGAGGAAGGGAGAGAGAUCGUUAUUUCUGGACCAGAUGAAAGUGGGUGAAGUUUCAACUUGAGAACGGUGCUCUCUGAUGGGUCUACACAGGACAACAACAAAAAAUAUGCGUCUCACUGUAAAGUUUUUUUUUUAAGACAGAGGAUCUGGCUCCACACUUCUGAUCCUGUCUCUUCCUCCUGAGUGCUAGGAUUUUGGGUGCAAGCUACCAGACCAAACUUUACCCUUUACCUUGUUGUCCCUGGUGCUAAGGAUGGAGCUAAAGUGCUGAACUGCUGAGUUACCCUACUCAUCCUAUCCUAUCCAAAGACACAGAAUUACCUGGUGAAGAUCCAAAUGUCAAUCUAGUAUCGGUCAGGUUUACCUUUAAGGCCAGACAGCAGUCUGUGGGUGCUUUGUAUUUGUUCCGAUAGUCCUGCCCAUAGUAUACAUUUACAUGAUCCAGCUGGAGAAAGCACACUAGAUCCCGAGAUACCUAAGAAAAAACACCCCAAAUAUUAACGUAAUAGGGCCAAUAAAAUAAGCAAGUAUCAUAGCAGGUAUGGGUUUUUAGUUGAGAAUCAAAUCUUUACUAGGUAAAAAGUAAGAUUCGAUUUUUCUUCAGUCUACAAUGUAACCAAAAAGGCAGUCCAUUUUGCUUGUUAUCUAUUCCUAAUGAACACUGAUUUGGUACUUUAUACAGACCCUGUACAUAGUAUGCAUAUGAUAUAGAAUAAAUAGGUCAUAGGGAACAGGAGAAGAGCAGCACUCUUAGGAAAGAACAAGAAUUUACCAAGUAAGUGCAUGUCAGAGGCAACAACUUAUGCUCAUAGGACUAGGAUGAUAAUGCUGUAAAUGCUUAGGACAGCUCUAAACCCAAGACAAGCACAAAGACAGCUUGUACUUCAGUAAAAGAACACUGCACAAGAUUGAAGUCGAUAUAAUCCUAAAACGCCAUUCCCCCUAAAUGAAAUACAGACUCCCAUAAGACCUCUCCCUGCCCCAAAUAUCAAAACUGUUUAGCUGGUUGUGGUCAUGGAUACCUGUAACCCCAGCACUCGGGACUUGGAAGAGGGGGAGUCAAGAGGAUCAAGAAUUCAAGGUCAUCCUAAACUACAGAGUGAUUUUGAGACCUCUCUGAAUAAACUACAUGAAUAAGAUCCUCUUACUACUACUACUACUACUACUACUACUACUACUACUACUACUACUACUACUACUACUACUACAACAACAACAACAACAACAACAACAACAACAACAACCUAAAUGGGGGAAAAUCGAGAAUUGAAAUGAACCCAUCUAAUGAUCAGAGAAAUGAACAGUUUUUUGCUUCCUCUUCUUUACAACAGAUUAAUAAACUAAACCAUCUUGUGUGUCUUACAGGGGUAAAAUAGUAUUCUUGCUACAAGGUAAAAGCAGCUAGCAUACCGUGGGCAGUGCGGAAGGACAGAGAAGGACAUACCUUUGCUUUCCCUUUAGGGACAUAGUAGAUACCAGAUGCUCGCAAGAGAAAAUAACGCUUUUUCCAGGACUUCUUGCCAUCAUCUUUCAACCAAAGGACUCCUUCAAUUUCUGGGACAGUUACAGAACUUCCACAAAAACAUUCCUUAAAGAAAAAAAUCAUUUGGAAAUAUUUAUGAUUCUGAUAUUUUCAGAAAAUAAAUUAUCUAUUCCUGUGAGAUGCAUAACACUAAGCAAAGCAAAAUGGUUUUUUUAUUAAAACCACACUAGCUUUCUGAAAGAACUGUCUUUUCUAAACACAGUAUAAGUUUACUUUAGAAUUACUGUGGAAAUCCUGAAGUGUGAGUCAUGGGGCUGGGGGAACAGCUCAGUGGGUAAGAGCGUGUGCUGUGCUAGCAAUGAGGACCUCACACCUACAUGAAAAGCUGGGUCUGGCUGCGUGUGCACAGGGGUAAGAUAGAUGAAAGAAGAGGACCCAGGCAUUCUCCUCUAGCUGAUAUGGUCUGCAGAUACAGAUGUGGAAUCCUGCAUGCUCACGUUUACAUACAACACAUACCACAGCACACAAAAUGUCUGCCAUGUCUAUUAGAGAGGAUUUGCCUAUGAAGUCAGCUGAGUUGUGUGUACUACUGCUGAAACCCAUUUCUUCUUUUCUGUUUGUGGUAUGUGUGUGCUGUGCACGUGCUCAUGUGUGGAAGCUAAAGCUGUUGUCAGGUGUCUUCCUCAGUUGCCCUCCACCUUAGUUUCUGAGACAUGAUCUGUCACUGUGGCUCAGUGGCUAGGCUGGCUGGUUGGUAAGCUCCAGGCAAGUGCCUGGCUUUUAUGUAGGUGUCAGGGGCUAUGAAAGCAGGCCCUCAUACUUGCUCAGCACAUACUACUGACAGGCCUGUCUCCUGCCCUCUGUAAACGCUGAUAGGCCCAGCACAGUCACAUCUCUCUUUCUCGACCCUUUUUAUUGCACUGGAUUAUUGCUCGGCAAAAAGAUUAGUUAGGAAGAGAUCUGUUAGGAGCUCAACAGGUACACACAAAGCUCAGGGUGGAGAGAGUCAUACCUCUAACAGCACUUCUUUGUUUCUGUCUGCCAUCUCAGCCGUUUCCUUUUUCCCUAGAAGGUAAUUCUAAAAAAAAAGAAUGAAAUGAAAAUUAAAGGAUAAACUCAUUCUGCUAUUCCCUUGGAGUUAAAUGGGUACAUCACUUGCUCCAGACAAGUAAACACUAUCAGUUUAGUUUUGCCAGUCUAGAGAAGAGCGCACUCCUCAAAGCUCGCCCAUAGGUGUAUCAUCGUUAAAACGUUCUAUCUACUUCCUUCUUGCUCAAAACACUUGCUACAAAAUAUCCCAUAGAAUGCCUUUCAUCACACUCUGAGGUGAGCCUGUGCGACAGCAAGUGUUCUGAACUACUCAGCUGUUACAUGAGAAUACCCCACAGCAUUCUAAAUUAAGUAGAAGAAAUGAGGAAUGAUUUGCUGAGCUAGGCUUAGGCAGAGUCCUGUGCUGGACUGAGCAGGGUGUUCCAGGUGCUGAGUCCUAUCCUGGCUUUGCUGUAACAGUCUCAUUUGUUUAGUUUAAUAAAAUCUGAACUGCAGUCAUUAGUAUAACUAUCUUGUAGUCUUCUACAGAAAGAUCUAUUGGCACUCCUAAGCAUACACUCUUCAUUAAAGAACCGCAGUUAAGUCUGAGGACUACAGACUGACGGUCUAACACUACUGCUGUUUUUCUCAUCACUUUUUUAUCACAGAUAUUUUGCUGUUCCUGACCUGCUGGGGAGGAAGUGGAUAAAGAGGAGUGGGGUAGGGGUGAGAAAGGUGGAGGAGUAGCUAACAAAUGAGAAUAAGUCUGUCUGGACACACUCUCAUGUAACACAUGACUUCAUAUGCCGAUUUAAACAGGCACAGGUGUGGUGAAGUACUGACAUUAUGUUGGCAUAAAUAAGGAUGACAAGUAAGCAAAGGGGUUAUGUAAACCAGCAAAGAAAUUAAGAUAAAGCAUUAGCUAUAUAAACCCUGGGCUGCUUGGGUGAGAUGAGACCCUCAGUGUUAAUGAACUGAGGGCUCAACAGGCUCUGGCUUGUGCAGGAGAAACCCAGCAGCCUCCUGAACUAUUCUUAUUUCUACCAAAGUUUACCCCCAUGUGGGGCUGGCAACCCCUCCGAGGCCCAGCUCCUGGUCCCCAAACACAGAGGGGUUUGCAGCUACAAUGGCCAGUCACGUGGCUGUCAGACUUUUAACUCUACUGACUCAGCACUCAAAAGUUAUGCAAUCUUACCUGGGGGUUUUUAAAAAGUGCAUAUUUUUCUAUACGCUCCAUAAAUAUAAGCUUAUUUUGGCUGUCUCUUGUCCAAUUAAGAAGAUUUUCAACCAAGUUUUCAUGGUCUUCAAAGAUUCUUUCUGUCCCAAAAUCAAAUACCAGCCUUUUGUUAGUAUUCUUCCAAAUUACAUGAAAGGCAAGAUAAAACACAUUAGAAUUACAGAAUCUUUGUGAGUGUAGAGGUCAGAGGUUGAUGAUGGAUAUUUUCUUCAAUUGCUUUCUAGAUUACAUUUUAAAACAGUCUCUCACUGAACAUGAAGACCACCAGUUCAGGACACUGACUGGCUAGCAAGCUCCACUACCCCCCUUUGUCUGUCUCCCCACUGCUGGAAUUAUUGAUGCAUGUUGUGACUGGGUGUGUUUCUUUAAACAUGGGUUCAGGGUGGUGGUGGUGGUGAUGGUGGUGUGUGUCAGACUAAAAUACACACACACACACACACACACACACACACACACACACACACACUACUGAACAUAUGCUAAAAGUGUUCUUUGAAAUUUGUUGAUGUGCUUUAUUUUUCCUUAAAGACUUGUGUACAAAGCCUAGGAAAUAACAGUAUUGGGCUGGAGAGACGGCUUAGCAUCAAGAAUUCUUGCUGUUCUUAUAGAGCAUCCAGGUUCAAUUCUUAGCACCAUCAUGAGGAAACUCAAAACCACCUCUAACUCUAGUGCCUGAGGACCUGACACUCUCUUUUGGCUUCUCCAUGCACAUGACAUAUAUACAUAAAUGCAGAUAUAUAAAAUAAAUGAAAAUGUAAAAAUAUUUAAUAAUAGUUUUAGUAAAUUUAUUUAUGCAACUCUUAUUCCAAAGAAAAAGCAUCUGUUAUCGUUAAAACUGUUGCUUUAAUGAUUUAAAAAAAUGCUGUGAAUUGAAUUUCAUCUUUUAUUCAAAGAACUCUCCAGAUACACUAGGAAAAAUGUCAAAAAGCAAGAUUUAAAAAUGAUAAAGUGCCUGAUAAUUUUAUAUGAAAAAACAUAAUGUCUCAAAAUGUUUCUGUCAAUAUGAAGGUUUGAGGUCACAUAGAUGCUAAUAAACAAUUAAAUCAGAGGCAUUACUAACCCAUUUGUAACUCAGAAAUUGUCUCCACCAGCGACCAGUCUAAACUGUAGCCACAGUGAGAUUUGUCCAUCAGGUUAUCCAGCACUUGUCUCACUGUCUGUCUCUCAUCCACCAUCAUUGUUUUAGAACUGUCAUCAGACAUGUGGACCCUGAUCACCAGCUGCAACAGGUAAAAAUGCAAUUAAAUGGUAACUUAAAUGGAAUUCUAGAAAAGUAUUUUUCAAAUAUUAAAUAGCAUUCUGAUUCAUAUCUUUAAAUAUAAAUUAAGAAAUGACUACUCUGACACUAUUAUUACAGGUAAAAAUCGGAAUAUCAAGAAACCUACCUAAAUAUGUUUUAAGCCCUUUAAAAUAUUGUGCUAAGAUGAUUCCGUCUUACUGACUUUUGUUUUGGAAGUAGCAAGAAACCUUAUCAUAUCAGAGGGAUAAUACAGAUGAGAUAUGCUGUAAGCAGUGGGCCUCUGGAGUCAAGCACUCCAGGACCUGCCUAGAAACAAAGGCUCACUUUCUUAAAGCAUCUCACACACAAAACCCACAUGUGAAAAGAUAUCAGGGAGAAUAUAGUUUUACCUUUUCAUAAAUUAGAGAAACAUUGUAUAUAAACAAGAAAAUUCUUCAUAAAGCAAAACAGGACAAAAAAAAGAAAAACCUUAAGAUAAAUAUUUCAAACCCAGCAAAGAGCCACAAGUCACCUUUUUCACUUGAGCCUCUUUAAUUUUCUCCAGAGCAACUCGGAUCUUCUCAGCUUUCAGUUUUGCUGCCUGUUCUUCCUGCAAACACAAAGCAUUUCAGAUAAACUGCUGCUCACAGGGUGAGGAGACCAGCAAAGGCUUCAUCCUCAUGGCGCUGGUAGGGAACUAUAUUAAGAACACAAUGCAGCACAUGUAUAGAAAGCACAAUUCUAAAGUGGCUCUGUUCACAGAAUGAAACAGACAUGUCACAAGAAGAGAGCACAGGCUCAGCAACAGGAUUAGCUUCCAUAUUCCAGAGAAAAAGAAAGACACCUGUCACGUAAUACACCAACUUCGAUUCUGACAACACAAGGCAAACAGCUUUCAAGCUCUGGGUUUAGGGAAAUGCUGCGGACGAGCUCCUCCUGCUGGCCUAUUUGCCACGCUCACACAACUUUCAAUUCAGACUCCCUCCAGAGGUUAUGCAAGAUUUCUGCACAGUGUUUUGUUUUGUUACAUUGGAAAUUUAAGAUCUUUGGAAAAAUAUAUAUAGCAAAACCAAUCUACUUUGUUAUAAAAAUAUAAAGGCCUCAACAAAAAGUAUAUGUACAAAUAUUAAUUCUUACCAAUAUGCUAAUACAAACAAGAGGCUGCCUUAUAUUUUAAGUUUUACUGAUUUAGAAAAUCAUGCAGCACAAUCAGUAAAUUAAAAUUUAUUAAUCUGUCAAUAAGUCUAUUCGUAAAUGCUAAGUAUAACUUUACAAAUAACACGAUUGUAAGUAAUUCUAAGAUUAUAAACUCUCGUAAAAAUUAUAAAGAACUAAAAAUAAAGCAUUGUCCAUUUUUUCUAAUAGAAUACAGUAUUCAACACUAGUACUUACUAAUAAGUUCCAGCAAUAGGCCAUAAUAAACACUGUAGCUGUAAUUUCCAAUUUAAAAAGAAAACUCAUGUAAGUAAACUUCUGUUUAUAAAGAUUUAUUUUCUAUUUCUGAGUACAAAACAUUAAAAUAUCUAUAUAAUUGCCAUCUUCUAAAAUCCUUUAAUCCUUUCCUUUAAAAAACAAAGGAAAGCCUAAUUAUAUCAGCAAUAGUUUAUCCUCUCUGGAUUGUGCCUGAAAUGUCGCAAUCCAUGUGUCAGUUUUCAUAAAGAACUAACCCUUCCAGGGUAGGGAAAAAGCUAGAUUUAUUUACUGAUUUUCCCUAGUCACCAAAGUCCUGCAAGCUUCCUUCUAUUUCCACUUCCUACUGCGAUGUCUCUCUUUGCAAGCUUAAGUUACUGACCAUGGACCCGAGAGGCAGGGCAGGGGAAGGCUCAUGGGCCAGAAAUUGGAUCCCUUUCAAUGCGUGGAGCUACUGAAUCAACAGACUGACCAAGACCUGGAAACACUAUCUGUGAACCCAACAGUCAAAGAACAAAGAUCUUUAUUUUAAUAAUAAAGAGAAUUAAUACUUAGUUCUUAGAUUAUUAUAGACAUAUUCCUCUGACUAAAAGAUUAUAUAACCCAGUCCUUUCCUUUAAACAAAUAAAUCGCAUCAUAAAGCAAUAGAUGAAUUUUAAUGUAAAUUUUUUAACCAAUCUAUUCUCUUAUACAUUUUAUGUACAUCUCUGAAAAGUAAAUUUAAAGUCUAUUGGGGGAGAAGGCAUUGGAAUCGAUGCUUUAUAUAUUUGAAAUAUAAACACAAACUUCUAAAAGUAAAAUAUUUGAAGUAAAAUAUUUUAUGUAUGUAAAAUACUUGUGUAUAUAUAUACUUGGCCUGUAUAUAUGUAUGUGCACCGCACAUGUGUGGCGCCUGCAGAGUUCAGAAGAGGACACUGGGGUCCUCGGAUCUGGAACUACAGAUGGUUGUGAACCACUAUGUGGGUUCUGGGAAUAGAACCUGUGUCCUCUGGAACAGCAGCAACUCUUAAGCAUUGAGCUAUUGCUUCAGGAAAACAUGAAAAGAUGGUUGAUAGUCCUUAGCACCCAGAAAGUGCAAGUUAAGUCUUAUACGUUUACUAUGCCCCAAAUCCAACACCCCAGCACAAAAUGCUGGUGAGGAUGUAGGACUGCUGCUCACUGCUAGUGAGAAGGAAACAAUAAUCUAGCCCCUUCGGAAGACAAUUUGGCUGAUUCUCACAAAAUUACAUGCAUCAUUGCCACAUGGCCCAGUAGUCAUGCUUCUAUGUGCUCACUCAAAUCAGUGCAAAUUUCUGUCUACAAAUGCCUGCACAUGGAUGCUUGUAGAUGCUUUAUUCAGAAUCACCCAAUCUUGGAAACAACAAAGAUUUCCUCUGGUAAGUGAAUAGAAAAAGUAUGGUGCAUCCUGGCAAUUAAAUAUUAUUCAGCACUAAAAAGAAAUGAACUAUAAAAGCAAUAAAUGGGCACUGUGGGCCCACAGAUUAAUAAAUAAAAGAAUUCAAUCUAUAAAAGUUACAUACUAUAUAAUUAAUUGCAAGUAUAUUGUGCUCUGGAAAGGGCAGUAAAAAGGAUCAGUGAUUGUCAGGGUUAAGAAGGAAGCAAGGUGGGGUUGGGGAUUUAGCUCAGUGGUAGAGCGCUUGCCUAGCAAACGCAAGGCCCUGGGUUCGGUCCCCAGCUCCGAAAAAAAGAAAACAAAAAAAAAAAAAAAAAAAAAAAAAGAAGGAAGCAAGGCUUUAUUAGGCUUUAUUAGGCAGAGUGCAGAGACCUUUCAGGGCAGUGAAACUACUGCUGUCACAGUACAGUGGAUGAUAAACAAAACUGCCCUAAGAAUAAAUAAAAAAAUAAAUACUGUAUUUUGAUUAGUUUCAUACAAUAAUGGUGUUUCCAUACUGCCAUCCUUUACUGUUUGUCAAAUUCCAUGACAGGUUAGCUUAAUUGAGCUCAUGCACAGUUCCCGCCCCACACGUUGAAGUGCUGAACAGUAAGAGAACCAGGUAACCAAUUAACAUUCGUACAAAUCAAGGAGUCAUUUCUUAAAUGCAAAACAGGCAAAGCUCUCCUAAUACAUUCAAGUUCAGCCUGUCUUUUACCUACAAAAAUAGGUCAACAUAAUCUCAUUUUUAAAAUUGUCUUCAGGGCCUUGCAUAUAAUAAGCAAGUAACUACCACUAGGCUACAAUUUUGGUCAUUAUAAACUGGUCUAUGAAAGUUAAAAUCGAAUUUCAGAGCUAGCUGGAUACAUCUAAGAUAGGUAAAUUUUAGUUUAUUCGUCUCUAGUUUAAUGCAAGGAUGAACUUUCUAGAAACCUUUGAAGAAAUAAAUCUGGUUACAGUGAGAUCUAAGUAUCAUUACUGGGAAAAAAUGUAAAUAAAAAUAAUCAAACUGCAUGACCCAUGGUUCCUGUGGGUGCUGUGCUCUUCUUCUAGCUAAACCACGCCUUACUUUUUUCCAUAGUAAUGUUAGGAGAAAGGAGACCAUCUCACAUUGUUGUGUUGUGUAGACAGGUCACUAAGUCUGUGUUAAUGCGUGUGGACAAUGUAUGGGAGACUUCAGUACUAAUCAUCAAGCCCGUGCUAACCACACUCACUAAGGCAAAGGACAAAGCCUCCUGCACGUUGAUUUCUGCUGACAGCACCAAUCUUUAGGCUGCCUGUGCUCUUUCUACACCAGCCCUUGCUUCACGCUGUCUCACAAUUAUCCCAAACGUAGGAAGAGACACCUUACUUACAGAAAAACAACUUUCUCUCUCCUCCUCCUUCUCUUAAAAGAGCACGAGACAACCCAUUUUCUACUGGAAAAACUCCUGUGUGGCUAUCAAUACCCAUCAAAUGCCAACCCUCCUCAAAUUUGCACAUAGGACAAAAACUGGGUACAGAUCUUAAGAUUAAGUGAAAGCCAAAGCUGGGUAACAACGUUCUCUGGGGUAUAAACAUUAGAAUAUCAGUACUCAGACAGUUCCAGUGUCAGAGAGAGGGGUAGUGAAUGACUGCAACUGAGAAACGAAGACCACAGGCUCAGAGAACACAAUGAAAUCAAGGUGCUAAAGAGUGGUUUGCUCUAAUCAUUUCAUAAGCUGCAAAAAUCAAAAAGUAACAAAUCAACUCAAAGAACUUCAAGUUAUAAUUUAAUAUUUGUUGGAGACUCUGCUAUAUAAUGUGGCAUAGAAUCAGAGGAAUUAGUUAACUUUCUCUGAAGAAAUCAUAAAAUUAUAUUAAACUCUCAUUAAGAGAGCUAACAGAUAUCUAACGCUCGCUGAACCACAGUUAUAGUGUAUAUGAUAUCUAAUUUAAAUUUCUACAAAAAUACAAGGCUUGUAUGAUUAUUAGAACCACUGUACCAACUAAGACUCACAAAAAUUUCUGUCUUCCUAAGAUCAUACACAUUUAUUAAGUGCUUAACUAUGCAUCCAUUAUACCAUAAUUUAUUUCUAUUGUCCUUAAUAGUUUAUAGUCUUAGCUUUUGUGGUACCAAUAAUAAAACUGUUAAAGGCAUAACAUAAAAGCAUUUUAGUAUCUCUCCUGAAGCAAAGAAAAUGAUGGUUAAAGCUAGCAUGCUGUUGUUUUUGAAUUCCUUAUGUGCACUGGUGUUUUGCUGCAUGCAUGCUAAGAGUCACAGACAGUUGUGAGCUCUCAAUGUGGGUGCAGGGAUUUGAACCUGGAUUCUCUGGAAAAUCAGUCAGUGCUCUUAAUUGCUGAUCCAUAUCUUCAGCCCCCCAGCAUUGUUUUUAAACACUGGCAGAUAUCUGGAGGCUGAGAACUGGGCCACCAAGCUUUACAGUAGAAAGCAGAUUGCUCUGCAGGUUAUGUCCGAGGUACACAUACUUGGGACUAAAAGGUACAACUCAACGACAGGGAAUUCGUUAGAUAUAUGAAAUGUUCUGAGUACAACACCCAGCACCAAAGAGGGGAGGGCACAUAGUUCACAAAAGCCAGGUGCUUUGAUAGAGAGGGCACCGACAACAGUCAGAAUAAGGUUCUUCUGAGAAGCUUUAUGGUAUGGGUUGCUUAGGAAUAUCUGCCACUUCUUCCAUGGGGCCAUUCCAUCUCCAGUAUUCUCUUCGCCUUUGUUCCCUUUACAGCACUUAACAUAAUUUACGUAUUUUUAUAUAUGUAUAUUCAGACGCAUAUGUGUGUAUGUAUACAUAUAUAUUAUAUACAUGUAUAAAUAUAUGUACAUAAGAAUAUAUAUAUAUAAAAUUUUAGAGGACAGGAUCUCCUAUAGUCCCAGGUUGGCCUCAAUUUAAUUGUAUAGCUGAGAUGAAUGACCCACUUGCCUUUAUCUACCAAGUACUAGAUUACAGGUAUAUACCACAAUGCCUGAUUAUUUUAUUACCAUAAGAGACUGUGUGUUUCCCCCUAAGGAAUAUGUCUAGUUUAUAGUGUUGUGUACUAGUUAGUUCCAUUCAUAGUACAAGGAACAAUAGAGAUUACCAGACAAACAGGCAAGAGAAGUGGUCAAAUGUCAAACUUAAUCUGGGGAGCAGUGUUAAAAACAGAUGUGGGGCAAGGUCAGAGACAACUGUAGUACUGUAGUGCUGGGCUAGGUGAGCGCUGAGACUGCUCUAGGAUGAGCCGUGGGAAUGAAGCAGAUAGGCAGACCUAGUAAACGCUGAGGAUCACAGCAGGCUCAUUUGAAACACUAAGUGACAGGAGAUCAGAAUACUCAACCUGUCACUGGGAGAAUGGCAGUACCCAAAGAGAAAAAGAAAAUGUGUCUACAUUGUGGGGCCUCAGGGAGACAGUGGGUAAGGGAUCUCUCAGGGCUGCAGUGUUAAUAAGGAAGAUGUUAAUAAUAUUCAGGAAACGCUAGCAGCUGUGAACUACCUGGGAGUGAAGGGAGCAGGGCAGAUGACAGUGGACAUGGCAAGAGCCUGCAGUCUUUGCUAGAGCAGAGCCCAGUUAAACUACAAAGCUGCCUCAGGCUAGAGAGUAUGUGGCCAAAACCUGCAUGAAUUUCCUUCCUGACCGAAGGCUUCUUUCUGACUCUGGAGUUGACUUAGAAAGGAGAUUGGGGAAGAAGGGGUUUCACUGCUCGCUCUGUCAAGGAGUCUUUUUCUUUGAGUGCUUCUUAGAGAUUUUGAUUUUUGUCAGUUAGCUCAUCUCCUAAGGUUAUGGUACGGAAAAUAAGAGUAAACCCUCUCAGAUAUAAUAGCAUAUGUAGCUUCUCAGAAACUAUGGCCAAGCCUGGCAUUCUUGAACUUAACCCUGAGCUCCUUAAAUAAGAUAAUGACUAAGACAAUGAUUAAGAAAAUAGUCAUUCAGCUUUCUGAUUAUUGUUACCUAGUUAAUGAGAAUUGGUAACUAAUUAAAAGAUUUUAAGUUAAAAUACGAUCCCAGCAUAAAACCACUAAUAGCAAGAGUUAAAUUAAAGCAAUGAUUUUAGGCUUUGAAAUGCAAUAGAAAAUUAAGUUAGAAAAAGUGCAACACACGUGGAGUACUAGGUGUCUACAGAAGUUAAAAUCAAGUCAAAAUCACUAAACAUAUUUUUGUCUCUGAAUAUUAACAGUCAUUAGAUUAAGAAGACAGUUGCUUGCAGAAAGAGAAAUAGCACCCUGUAUUAAAGACAAUGGCGCUACUAUAAGAAAGGGGUACAAAGGAUGCAAGCACAACCAGAGAUUAUAUUUCUGUCUACAAGACAGUACACAGUUACAUGCAUGUGGAGAACAGUGGCAUCACCUUGGUCAGCAAAUGGGAAGGCUUCCCUGCAAUGUUUCUCAGAAGAAGGGAGGUUUCCCUGUCCAGAUAGGAGUGCUUGUGCAGGAAGAGAGAAAAACAAAAAAGGCAGUAAGAGAAGUCAGUGCAGGCUUUAUGUGUUUUUAAAAUAAAACAGACAGAGCAAGAAUGACUAUAAAUAAUUUCACAUCAAUUUUUGUAAGCCGAGUGGAAUAUGUCCAUCAAGAAUAAAAUAUUUUCAAAAACCAAACCAGCACCAACUGAAAAGGAGGUGAGAGGUAAAGACCCCACCUAUGCCCAUGGAUAUGUUCCAAGUGACUUGCCGAUCGCUGGCUCUGAGUAAUGCACGUAGAGAUCAUAGAGCUAGUCUGGCUCACAAGUCAGUGUCAGGAGUGCUGUGCAGAAAGCACCACAAAUAAAACCGUGUCAAAGGCAAAUGAGUAAACACAGUUCUUUCUAUUAAGAAUCUAUAAGGCUUACAGAGAUUGAAGCAGUAAAUCCUCAUUAGAAUACAAACACUGUAAAAAAUGGCACCCUUUUCUCAUCAAUUCAGUGAAAGCCACACUAAGAAGAAAAACACCCAUAUGUAAGUUACCUGAUGUUUUUUUGUUCCCAGUAAAAUUCUAUUAAUCCUUUCAUUACAGGACAAUGUGAAGGACACAGUGAAGGACUUUCACAGAAAAUAAAGUGACUAUUUUCCCCUGAAGUGAGUGAUUUAAUCUCUCUCCCUAGCAAUGAUGCACAUGAUGUAGUCCCUAACUACCAAUGAUACCUUCUUAAUAAUAAAAACAUCCAUUUUAUUUUAGAUUAUAUGAGUGUGAGUGUGAGUGUGUGUGAGUGUGUGUGUGUGUCUGUGUGUGUGUCUGUGUGUGUGUGUGCCCGUGGAGCUGGAGUUGCAGGCAGGUGUGAGCCACAUGGGGUGGGUCCUGCAGACUGAACUCAGGGUCUUUGGACAGUAGUAAACUGCCUUAAGAGCUUACCUACCUCUCAAGGCCCUCUUGAUAACUUAAAUAGCACAUUGUAAUUCAAGUGUAUGUAAGUGUAUUAAAUUUAAUCCUUAAACUGCAACUAUUUUGAUAUGUAUAACAUUUGAACUUGCCUAUCCCUGAACAAAUUUAGUAUUUAAUACCAUGUAAUUACUUGCACCAUUGAAAGCAAUGAAUGCUGAAUGGAAGGCAUUGUAUCAAAAGUCUUCCUUAGUGGUAUAUUUUAUGAAUCUAACUAUUUCACAUUACUUUGACACAUAAGUUUUUUGGAAAUAAAGCCCAGUGAAUAGGUACAAGAUCUGUGGACACUUUCAAAAGGUCCAUCUAGAUGACACAGUAUAUCAAAGACUGGAGCACUGUUAAAAGGACACUAACUUAGCACAAACCUGCACUGUUCAGUCUGUUAUAAGACUCUUCUUUGUACUGCUAAACCAAUUUUAGCUCAAGAUGAACCUCUGUGUAACCAGCCCCUCUCAUCCAUUCUCUCCAAACAACAAAAAGAGACCUAAUGGUGUGUGUCGGGGGAUUCCUCAGGAUCUUUACUAAAACAGUCAAACAUUAAGAACCGAGAAAGUUACCCCAGGCCCUCAUUUAUCUUUAUACGAUAGUCAAAGAUAAAGACCCGCUGCCCAUCCAUAAGACUGCAGUAGGCACACGUCUCUGAAACUCAGACUCAGUUUACAGUUACUGCUCAGCCCAGACCAGAGAGAGCACAGAAGCAUGAAGACUAGAAAGCAAAGUCUAAAAAUAUUAUUGCUGAUGUCAUUUAUUCAUUAUUUUGUCAUUUAUACACGAGAAAAAAAUUUCACACAAAUAUCUAAGACAUAGCAUGAAUCUGAAAAAAAUAUCUGUAUGUGGUGUGUGCCUGUGUCUCCACGUGUGGGUAUAUGUGUAUGUGGUGAUUACAUGUAUGUGCCUGUGCGGGCCAGAAGUUGAUGUUGAUGUCUUUCUCAGUUAUUCUCCACCAUGGAUACGGGGGCAGGGACUCUUACUGAUCAGGUUAGUUUAUUUAGUCCAGCUCUUACUGCAGUCCUGUCUGUCUCCAGGGGCUGGGACUGCAGGCAGGCAGGUGACCAAGCCCACUUGGCAUUUAUAUGGAUCUUGAGGAUCCAAAUUCUAGUCCUCAUAUCUACAGUGUUUUGUAUUGUUUUGUUUUUUUAAAUCUCCUGAGCCAUUUUUCCAGCCCAAGAAAAUAAUUUAUUGAAAACCUAUCACAAUUUAUCUUACAAAGGUUACUUUUCCAGAAAAGCCCCAAAAUAAUGGAAUAUCAAUAUUCAUGUAACCACAUUUCAAGCUUGUAGAAGUGAAGAUAACUUGUAAAAGUUCAUUCCUUUCACCAUAUAAGCACUGGGGUCACACCCAGGUCACUGAGCUUGGUGACAGGUGCCUUUAGCCACUGUAAUAUCUUGCUAGCCUUGUGUUUCACGUUUUAAAAAAUGAAAUCGGGGUUGGGGAUUUAGCUCAGUGGUAGAGCGCUUGCCUAGGAAGCACAAGGCCCUGGGUUCGGUCCCCAGCUCCGAAAAAAAGAACCAAAAAAAAAAAAAAAAAAAAAGAAA